CGUAAUCUUGGGCGCUCGCCGGGCAGUUUGAGGUGCGCUUGACUACCCCCCCACCACCAGCACCACCACUACCCGGUGAUCUCCGUGUGGUUCGGGCCCUCAGAACGUUGGAUUUGCCCUCCUUCUUCUUUCUGAAGAUCGGAAGUCGGCCGCCAGAUCUCGGAGCUUUGACACGCGAGGCUGAGUUCCCGUUUUCCGGUUCUGCCCGCGGGAACCUCCGGGGAAACGUGAAAGAGAAGGGCAUGCGUCCGAUGACAGGCCCCUUCGGUGUCUGCGCGCUCGCGGGGUCCAGCCUUGCGCUGCUGUAUAAUCGUUCUCGCACUUCUGGCGGCGGCUGCGUUUGUGACUAUUUAAGUGGAAACUGAUGCAAUCCUACCCACUCCACAAGGGCCCCAAAGACCUGGCCGAUCCAUCCAAUUUUCAGACACGUGUACUUGCACGUUCAGCGGAGAAGAGCUUAAAUACUGAAGACAGUGGGGAAGUGCUAGCAUUUUAAGGGAUUCGUGUAUUUCCCAAACUGAUUGUUGACCACCAUCCAACACCGGCAGUGUGGGACUCGUGGGCGUCUCUCGCCAUCCUGCGGCUCCAACAUGUUCUGUUGGUUAAAUCGGCUGAACAGGGGUUUAGCCACACCCACCGGAAGGAUCCCCCAGCUGAUCUGGGGUACUUUCUCCAGAAGUCUGGUGCUGAGUUCACAGAGGAGAAUUCCAGAAUUCAGUAGCUUUGUUGCCCGGACCAACACAUGUGGAGAGUUGCGUUCUUCUCACUUAGGCCAAGAAGUCACCUUGUGUGGAUGGAUUCAAUACCGAAGGCAAAACAUCUUCCUGGUCCUAAGAGAUUUCCACGGGCUUGUUCAAGUUGUCAUUCCCCAGGAUGAGUCGGCUGCUUCUGUGAAGAAGAUUUUAUGUGAAGCCCCCGUGGAAUCUGUGGUGAAAGUAUCUGGGACAGUAAUUUCCCGACCUCCAGGACAAGAGAAUCCAAAAAUGCCAACAGGUGAGAUUGAAAUCAAGGUUAAGACAGCUGAACUUCUGAAUUCCUGCAAGAAGCUGCCCUUUGAAAUUAAGGACUUUGUGAAGAAAACAGAGGCUCUUCGUUUGCAGUAUCGUUACUUAGACUUGCGUAGUUUCCAAAUGCAGCGUAACCUGCGGCUGAGGUCCCAGAUGGUCAUGAAAAUGCGGGAAUAUCUCUGUAAUCUACACGGGUUUGUGGAUGUAGAAACACCAACACUGUUUAAGAGGACGCCAGGGGGUGCAAAAGAAUUUGUAAUACCAUCCAGGGAACCAGGGAAGUUCUAUUCUCUCCCUCAGAGUCCUCAACAGUUUAAGCAGCUUCUGAUGGUUGGUGGUAUAGACAGGUAUUUUCAGGUUGCCCGAUGUUACCGAGAUGAAGGUUCAAGACCAGACAGACAGCCUGAGUUUACUCAGAUUGACAUAGAGAUGUCUUUUGUAGACCAGACCGGGAUCCAGAGACUAAUUGAGGGUUUGCUCCAGUAUUCCUGGCCCGAUGACAAAGGCCCUUUGGGGGUUCCUUUUCCUUCCAUGACUUUUGCUGAGGCGUUGGCCAGCUAUGGAACUGAUAAGCCUGAUACUCGCUUUGGGAUGAAGAUUGUAGAUAUCAGUGAUGUGUUCAGAAACACCAAGGUUGGAUUUCUUCGGGAUGCACUGAGUAAACCCCAGGGGGCCGUCAAAGCCAUACGUGUCCCUGGUGGAGCGAAAUACUUAAAAAGGAAAGACAUUGAGCCCAUUAGGAAAUUUGCAGCUGAUCAUUUUAAUCAGGAAGUCUUACCUGUGUUCCUGAAAGCCAAUAGGCACUGGAAUUCUCCAGUUGCUAACUUCAUAAUGGAGGAGCAAGGGUUGAGCCUCACCAGACUGAUAGAGAUCCAAGAGGAGGACGUGAUCCUGCUAACCGCUGGAGAGCACAGGAGAGCAUGCUCCUUGUUGGGAAAAUUACGACUGGAAUGUGCUGACCUUCUAGAAGCAAGAGGAGUGGUGCUCCGAGACCCAGCUGUGUUCUCCUUCCUUUGGGUGGUGGAUUUCCCGCUCUUCCUUCCCAAGGAGGAAAAUCCCGGAGAGCUGGAGUCAGCCCAUCACCCAUUUACUGCUCCCCACCCCAGUGACAUCCACCUCCUGUACACUGAGCCCGAAAAGGCCCGUAGCCAACACUACGACUUGGUUUUAAACGGCAGUGAGAUAGGAGGUGGUUCCAUCCGGAUUCACGAGGCACGGCUGCAGCACCACGUCCUAGAAGCAGUCCUGAAGGAAGAUGUGAAAUUGCUCUCCCACCUGCUCCAGGCUUUAGAUUACGGGGCGCCCCCUCAUGGAGGAAUUGCCUUAGGGUUAGACAGACUGAUAUGCCUUGUCACUGGAGCACCAAGCAUCAGAGAUGUCAUAGCCUUCCCGAAAUCCUUCCGGGGGCACGACCUCAUGAGUGACGCCCCAGAUUUUAUCCCUCCUGAGGAACUGAAGCCCUAUCACAUCCAGGUCUCCUGGCCAACUGACUCAGAAGCAGAAAAGAAAUCACUGAAUCAUCCACACUAUCCAGAAAGCUGAGCUUUGGAGUCUUGUCCUCUUUGCUUCCUCAAGGCUCAAAUGAGAUCCGUAGUUCUGGUCUGACAAGUAUUUAGGUGGAAAGAGUCCAGACAACAGUUGUCACAAUGAAGACACAGAAAGUACCCAGUUUUGACUUGAAAACAUGCAUUAUUAGGAUUUUUUUGUUUGGGACUUUUUUGAAGUUUCUUUUUCCUUCGAGAGUUGGAAAGGUGGCUCUUUGUUGCAGUAAUAUAAUGGCUAAGUGUUUUCUAAUCAUGUUUUCCGUACCUGG